AUGGCUCUUAAAUUGAUCCAACACUCUCUCUCUCUCUUCUCACUUUGCGCAGAAGCAAGAGAAAAGGUUGAUUUUGCUCAGCCGAUUAUAAGAUAUAAAGAGAGUAGUAAAUGGAUUCAUCGCAAAAGCUUGGCCUGGAACUCUGCUUUUUUCACCAGCCCUGGAGUGUUAGAUCAUGAAGAAUUAUUCGGGAGCUUAAAAAUUGGCGAGAAUGAGAUUGAAGUUGAAGUAAAUAAUAAACACUCAAUCAAAACACUUCCUCGUGUUUCUCCGGAAAUCGCUGAUCGUCCAAGUUUUGCUUGGGACAAUGCUUUUUUUACUGAUCCAGGUGUUCUUGAUGCAGAAGAGUUAUCUCUGGUGAACAAUGGUUUCACCAAUGACACACAACUUCGUAAAUCUAUUGAUUCGAUGACGACGACGACCACUCAAGGAAGCAGAUUAUCUGUCUCGAGCAUUGAGUUUGAUCUGUUUCACAACCUCAGAGCCUCUCCACGAGAUUCACCAAAUGUGAAGCAGGUAACUCGAGAGAUCCAGCGUAAGUUACCAGAUGGUAAAAAGAGGACUAAAGGUUACAAACAGAAAGAUCAACCUUUGAGUCUCAUUCCUCAACUCAAAGUGUCUUCUUCUUCGUCUUCUUCUUCUUCUUCUUCUUCUUCUUCAUCGUCCUCCAUAACCAAACCUUUGACUCCUCGUCAAGCUACUCCUCGUCAAGCUAAACCCCAGAAGAAAUGUGUUGCGAGUGAACUCGGGAAGAAUAAGGGACAACACAAGAAUCGUGGGUUUGAAGAACAAUCUGGAUCAAAAUCUAUCAUAAGGUCAUCGUAUUCAGGUUAUGCAAUGAAGCAUUUGAUGACAUCAUCCUCCUCUGGUCUGAGGUUACCACUGCCAAAGAUGAGAUUUUUCGACUCGGAGAACAACGGAGAGGAAGAAAACAGAGAACUAAAUGCAGCUGAAGCAACUGCUGCAAACAGAAGAAGGAGACACAAGCCGAAACUUGAGAAUUCUUCUCCACCAGAAAACCGCAGCGUUUUGGGGCAACCCAAAACCCUAAGGUGA